AUAAAGAUGAAGGCUGAACAAAUCAUUAAUCUGCAGAAAUGAAAGCUAAAAACACUAGCUGGCAACAGUAGCAGAGACGAAGGGUCAGACUUAGGGAAUAGAGGAUCAAGAUCAGAAAGCAAGAGAAAGAGCCAAAUGGUGAAGAACUAUUUCAGACAAAAUUGAAUCAUUGUUCCUCAUAAGCCCGAUGCACUUGAGAUGGUAAACCAAACCGAGGAUCUGAGGAUAAAGAGUCCUAACGCUAAGCCAAUUUCAUUCCCUAUUGACCAAUUCAUUCAAAGUUACAGUGAGGUGAAGGUCAGAGAUAAGAGGAGCAAAUCUGUGGUUGAGCGACCAAAGAUACAGAAGAAAAUCGAUAUAAAUCCUGUUGAUCAGAAGCUUUUCAAAGCUGGUAAAAAUUAUUAUACUAUGAAGAAAUCUGGUAUCGCACGGAACAUUCCGAAUUUAAAAAAGUUAGUAGAGUUAAAGGAUGACAAGGAUCCCUUCGGCAUCCUCGAUUGGAGGGUCCAGAAAAUUGACAGGAGCUUCAAUAAAAAGUUUCAAAAAAGAAAAACAAAGCUUUCAAAGUCUGUAGAAGGAAAGAACCCAAAUGAGAGAAGCAGGAACCAUAUCAGAAGAAUUCAUAAUAAUAUGAGGAUGAAGGUGAUAAAUGAUUUGAAAGAUUCCGAUUAUUCACAAUACCUGCCAUUUGCAGCGGCCCAGAAGAUCUACCCAAAAGAAGAUACUGUCAAGACUUACAAGCUUCCAGGACUUGAGUUAAAACAGGAUGGCUAUCAAAACAAGGAGAUCGUACAAUACUUGAUGCAAGUUAAAAUCAAAAACCAACCACCAGAAAUGAAAAACAGCACUUUGUGAACAGACACAAAGAUCCAGAUCAAUGAUCAGAGUAUUUUUGAUAACUCUGCCAAGAAGAGCAUAUUUGAGGAUCUUGAUGACGAACUCACUAAACUUUCCCAUACUUUGGAAACGAAACAUGAGAAAUAUCAGAACUCAAACAAGAAGACCAAGCUGAAGCUUAAUACCAAGAGUAAAUCAAUGGAGCCUCAUAGGAGAAACAAUCACUCUAUUGUUUCAGAAAUUUUUGCGCACAAAAGGGUGAAAUUAGCUCCAAUUAACUUCUGCGACCGUACAAAUCCUGCAGCUAAGCCUAUCUCUAUCAAUAUUGAUGCAUCUAAAGCUCCUGACAUACAUAAAAGAAGUUGGCUGCUUGGCUCAAGCUCUCUUAAGAAGAAAUUAUCAAAAUUUGUUCCAAAUUAUCGGUACAAAUAUUCUCCUGAUCCAAAGCGUUCUGAGAAGUGCCAGUUCAUAUGGAGCCCGAGAGAUGUAAAGACAUCAGCUAAAGAUCUCUCCCAGGGAAACUCCAUUCCUGCUGUGAGAGGCAUUAAAGGCAAUUUAGACUUAGCUUUAGAGUAAAAGAUAGGACAUUAUUGUUACUAAAAGCGCAAUAAGAAGCUCUUGGGCUUUUUAAAUUUCUAUUUUAUCAAGCUUUAAGAAUUUCCUA